AUGGUGGCAGGCAUUAUUGCGUCUGAGGGAAAAGCCAAAUUUAUCGCGGGUGCCUACUUGGAUGCACUUUCUCCAGCUCCUUACCAAGGAGACUGUUCCACAUCCAGUCACUUAUCUACAGCAAUCCACCUUAUAAUCAGCAUCCUGAGUACAGGACUACUGAUGUGCAGUAACUUCACGAUGCAGUGUCUUAGCGCCCCAUCACGGGAAGAAGUUGAUGCUGCUCAUUCUAGGGGAAGAUGGCUUGAGGUCGGGACUUCUGGUGGGAUUCGAAAUUUUCAGAUCAUGGAUUGGAAACGCAGAAUUCUUUGGUUUUUGCUUUUGAUAACCAGUACUCCUAUCCAUUUAAUUUGCAACUCGGCCAUCUUUGCCUCUAUCUUCACACAAGACUAUGGAGUCAUUGUUGUUUCAAACAACUACUCCGAAAAUGACUCCUUAGUUAAUGAUAUCCUCCCAGAAGAUGCAUUUCGGGAUUUUGUUGGAUAUAAUGCAUCCGAUAUACACAACGCUAUGUUCAACGGCAGCCUCGAAACUCUGACGGCAAUACAAUGUGCAGAACGAUAUGCAGUGGACUUCAAUACUGCUGGGGGCACUGUGGUCGCCUACAUGGUCGCUGACCAGAACAAUAGUUCCCUAUUUGGAUGGAUAUGUGAACCCACUGGGUAUUGCGGAGAUUAUUUUCCAGAGGGCAACUCAUUGAGCUGGGAUUUUGUCAUUCAGACGACCUUUUGGGUGUAUCCCAAUCGAACAUUCACUCUCCCUAAUAUCGAGGGGCAAUAUCAAACAUUUGAUAGUGCCACGUUGGAUUAUUCUCUAAGCCAGGCGUUGAAUAUAGAGGUCCCGCAACAGACCAUUGGUGAUUGGGUCCUUGAUACAUUGACCUUUUUUAAAUAA